ACGUAAUAGCAUGGAGUCUUCGGGCUAUCGUGAUUGACCAUAAGCGUAUUCGUCGAUGUAACCAGACAUGAGCGACAUAGGGGACUGGUUUCGAAGUUUACCUCUUUUUACUCGUUAUUGGUUUGGAUUAUCAAUAUUUUUUCCUAUUUUAGGAAGAUUAGGAUUAUUAAAUCCUAGAUAUCUCAUUCUUGAAUUCAACAGUUUCAUAUAUAAUCUUCAGUUAUGGAGACCAAUAACAGCAGUCUUCUAUUAUCCACUAAAUCCAGGAACAGGAUUUCAUUAUCUUCUAAAUCUGUAUUUUCUGUAUAACUACUCUGUACGUUUAGAAACAGAUAUUUUUUCAAAUCAGCCUGCUGAUUAUCUGUUCCUGUUACUAUUCAAUUGGAUCUGCAUUGUUAUUGUUGGCUUUCUUGCGGAAAUAUGGCUGUUGAUGGAUCCACUGGUUUUAAGUGUACUUUACGUUUGGUGUCAACUGAAAAAAGAUAUCAUUGUAAACUUUUGGUUUGGAACUCAGUUUAAAGCACUGUAUUUACCUUGGGUGCUUUUGGCAUUUAAUGUGCUUUUCAGUGGAGGAGGUUUAUAUGAACUCAUUGGUAUUCUUGUUGGACAUCUUUACUUCUUUUUUAAGUUUAAAUAUCCUCAAGAAUUUGGAGGCCGUGCCUUGUUGAGAACACCAGACAUAUUACUUCAUUAUUUUCCAAACCGUGUAAGAGGAUUUGGUGGCUUUGGACAAGCUCCAACACCAAGGAGACAACCAGAUGACAACAACCAGAGAAGGUACAAUUGGGGUCGUGGCCACAUUCUAGGAAAUCAAUGAAAAUUAUCUGUGAAUGUAUAAAACUCAAACAAAUUAACUAUGAUCAUCAUUCAUCUAAUUUUUUAAUGAAACAAAGCUGAACUGUAAAAUAUUCAAAAUCUAUAGAUGGUUUUGUUGAAACAGUCAUGUGAAUUAUAUUGUCAUAAAAUUAUUUAUAUAAAAAAUAAACUACAUUAUUCUAAUCAUAAUAUACUUUGUUUAAAGUAGUAAUAAUUUUUUAAGUUAAAUGAACUUAUAUUUAAUACAAAACAUUGCUUGAAAUACAAAUUGUGAUCAGUCCAAAUUUCCUUGCAAUAUUUUUAUUAUUAUUCCAAAAUUCUGAGUUUUUCUAAAUAUAUUAUAAAUUCCAAUAAGUAAAAUUAAUUUUAUUAUAUAAACUGAGCAAAUAAUACAUAAAUUACAUAUACAUUCAAAAUAGUAUAUUAUUUUUAAACCAAAAUAAAGUGAAUGAAUCUAUAAUAAUCAUUAUUAAGUUUUCAUAUUAACUACAUAAUCAGUAUUGAAUUAGCUAAAGAACAAUACAUUUCAAACAUUGAGAAGAAAGAUUUUGAUGGCUCAUUUUCAAAAGAUCUAGGAUUUGCAGUAAACUUUUCAAAAUUGUCCUAGUAUAAAUGAUGAUUUCUAACAGUUGUUUCCAGUCUUUGGCAUUCAAAACAUAUGUUAAUUUACUUUAAUUAACACAGUUAUUAGAUUAAAAAUGGUAACAUUGGGAGAACAUAACAUAAAAAUUUUAAAUAGUCUGAAAAAACUGACUUGUUUUCAUUUUUUCUGACAUAAGUGAUUAUUCAAUGACUGAAGUAUGAUCAUUUAAUUAGUAAAUAAAACUCAGUUUCAAAGACAAUUCUGUAUUUAUAAAAUCUGCAAGGUUAUUUUGUAUGUGUUUUUUUAUCAGAAUUUAUUUGCUUUUUAUCUAAAACAGUUUAGAAUUAUUUAUCUCAAAAUGUUUAUGGCACUUGAUAUGGAUGUUUAGUCCAUCCAACACAAACAAAAUAUGUGAUAGAUUAGCAAUUUCCCAUUUUUUCACCUAAUUACAGAAAUUUUAUUAUUAUCUGAGAAAAAUAUGCACAUUCACUGCCACUGAAACUCUCUUGUUUUUCGAAUAAUGAUGAAAAUUUAAUUAGAUUCAAAUUAGAUAACAUGAAAUAAUUAUGUAAACAAUAAUUUUUAAUAAUUAUUAUUUAGUAACUUAGAAUUGCAGUCUAAAACUAUUACUAGAAAUAAUCGCAUAUGUUGAUAAUUAUCGAGUGAAAUUAAUGAUGAUAUAAUUAGUGAUAUAUUUCUUGGUAUUAUUUGACAACUUGAAAUUUUGUUUUUAUUUGUUAUGCAUAAUUUGUAUAUAGUAAUAUAUUAAUAGCAUAUGAACCCUUAUGAAUAAAUAUUUAUUUUAAAAAAUAUAUCAAAAUCACAUUAAAACUUGGCAUUUGAAGUGACUGCUAUUCUUUAUUUCCCUGCAUAAUCAUUAAUUAAUUCUUUCU